CAGAUUCUCAAGGAUGCCACAUUGUUCUUCUCACAGUCAACACCAAACUUGGCCAUGGUAAUCCCAACCAUGGACCACAUUGAUAUGGUCUUUACCAGCUAUGUCAUCAAGAAGGACCAACUCAAUCCUGCAAUUUGUGCUGCCCUCUUACUUGCCAAACGAACACUUAACCAUUAUUACUCAUACACAGACUUAUUAGCAGUGUAUCGCAUUGCAAUGGUGCUUCAUCCACACCAUAAGCUCGCCUAUUUCAAGUCGGCAGGCUGGGAGCAGGAGUGGAUCGACACUGCG